CCCAAGUCCCAUCUCGAUCAGUUUACACGUAGAAAAAAUUCCACGGAUCACCGAUCACUGAUCCAUCUUUUUUGUCACUCGCACACACCCUUUCUUUCCGUUCUCAAACUCACUCACACUCUCUCUACUGCUAGAUUCGACGAUUCCCGAAGUGCCUUCCUCCUCCUCCUCCUUCUUCCCCUCUAAUCGGAUCCAAAUCCAAAUCCAAAUCCAGUUCAAAGAAGAUGCAAUACAAGAACCUGGGGCGAUCUGGCCUGAAGGUGAGCCAGCUCUCCUACGGCGCGUGGGUGAGCUUCGGGAACCAGCUGGACGUGAAGGAGGCGAAGGCCCUCCUACAGUGCUGCCGCGACCACGGCGUCAACUUCUUCGACAACGCCGAGGUCUACGCCAACGGCCGCGCCGAGGAAAUCAUGGGCCAGGCCAUCCGGGAGCUCGGCUGGAAGCGCUCCGACAUCGUCGUCUCCACCAAGAUCUUCUGGGGCGGGCAGGGCCCCAACGACAAGGGCCUCUCGCGCAAGCACGUCGUUGAGGGGACCAAGGCCUCACUGAAACGCCUCGAAAUGGAAUAUGUCGAUGUUCUCUACUGCCACCGGCCGGAUACCUCUACUCCGAUCGAGGAAACCGUGAGGGCCAUGAAUCAUGUUAUUGAUAGGGGCUGGGCCUUCUACUGGGGCACUAGCGAGUGGUCUGCUCAGCAGAUCACCGAGGCCUGGGCUGUGGCACAGAGAUUGGACCUUGUUGGUCCUAUUGUUGAACAGCCUGAGUAUAACCUCCUGUCCAGGCACAAGGUUGAGUCUGAGUUUCUUCCUCUGUACACCAACUAUGGCACAGGCCUCACUACAUGGAGUCCUCUUGCCUCUGGAGUGCUCACUGGGAAAUAUAAGAAAGGAGUUAUACCACCGGAUAGCAGAUUCGCUUUGGAAAAUUACAAAAAUCUGGCGUCAAGGUCGCUUGUUGAUGAUGUGCUUAGGAAGGUUGAUGGAUUGAAGCCGAUUGCGGAUGAGCUUGGUGUGCCAUUGUCUCAGCUUGCGAUUGCGUGGUGUGCUGCUAAUCCUAAUGUUUCCUCGGUUAUCUGUGGUGCUACAAAGGAGUCUCAGAUUCAAGAGAACAUGAAAGCAAUCAAUGUCAUUCCAUUACUGACUCCUGUUGUGAUGGAGAAGAUUGAAGCUGUUGUUCAAAGCAAGCCAAAGCGCCCUGAAUCAUACCGAUGAAUUGAAGUUUUUCCAUGGUGGACACAUAUAUGCAUUAGAUGGGAGGCUCCGUCAUCCCCGUGCACUUAGAGUGGAAAUUCUUGUUGAAAAUUAUUGGUGUGGUUGAUGUGAUUUCUUGGGACUUCUUUUCUUUGUCAUUUUUUCUUUCUGGCACUGAUUAUGCCUUCUCUUUUAUGGGUUCAAACUUUCCAAAUUGAUUUUGGAAGCAAAGGAUUUAGAUCUUGGAUUCUAGGUUUACAUAGGUCUUCCAGAUUAAUACAUACCCAUUGUUUGGAUAGUUUUAAUAUUUUUUGAAUAUGUCAAACUAUUAUUUGGAUUUUGAGAGUCCAAUCCAAAAUAUUUUUCUUGAACCAUCUAAUGGGACAAGGCAUGGUUAUUUUGA